AUGCAGAUCUUCGUCAAGACCCUCACCGGCAAGACCAUCACCCUCGAGGUUGAGUCCAGCGACACUAUCGACAACGUCAAAUCCAAGAUCCAGGACAAGGAAGGCAUUCCUCCUGACCAGCAACGUCUUAUCUUCGCCGGUAAACAACUUGAGGAUGGCCGUACCCUGAGCGAUUACAACAUCCAGAAAGAGUCGACUCUACACUUGGUCCUCCGUCUCCGUGGCGGUAUGCAAAUCUUCGUCAAGACCCUCACCGGCAAGACUAUCACCCUUGAGGUAGAGUCUAGCGAUACCAUCGACAAUGUCAAGUCGAAGAUUCAGGACAAGGAAGGCAUUCCCCCUGACCAGCAACGUCUCAUUUUCGCUGGCAAGCAACUCGAAGACGGCCGCACCUUGAGCGACUACAACAUCCAGAAAGAAUCCACUCUCCACCUUGUCCUCCGUCUUCGUGGUGGUAUGCAGAUCUUCGUCAAGACCCUGACGGGCAAGACUAUCACUCUGGAAGUCGAAUCAUCAGAUACCAUCGACAACGUGAAGUCAAAAAUCCAAGAUAAGGAAGGCAUUCCUCCUGACCAGCAGCGAUUGAUCUUCGCCGGCAAGCAACUGGAAGAUGGCAGAACACUGUCAGACUACAACAUUCAGAAGGAAUCCACGCUCCAUCUCGUGCUGAGACUGCGGGGUGGUAUGCAGAUCUUCGUCAAGACACUGACAGGAAAGACGAUUACGCUAGAAGUUGAGUCGUCCGACACUAUCGACAACGUGAAGUCGAAGAUCCAAGACAAGGAGGGUAUCCCACCCGACCAACAGCGAUUGAUCUUUGCAGGCAAGCAGUUGGAGGAUGGUCGCACUCUCUCUGACUACAACAUUCAGAAGGAGAGCACUCUGCAUUUGGUGCUGAGACUUCGUGGCGGUCAGUAG